AUGGGCCCCGACAAACUCCGGAUCAACCGCAAGAAGACCAACGCAGCGGGCCUCAAGGGUUUCCCCCAACGGCCUCUCGUCUCCCGCAUCUCCCACCACAUCAACACAGCCCUGGCCUCCCUCUCCGGGACCGUUCCCAAUCUCCCCGACCGCAUCCCGCCUCCGAACCCGCUGACGCCGACUCCGACGAUCCCCGACCAAACGCCGCUCUCGACCCAGAGCUACAUGGCCUCGCGCGAGAAGUACGUCCUCUGGACUCGGCUGCGCAGCGGCGAGUACACCGCCGACUGGAAAGGCGGCAGCGUCCCCACCGAGUCCGACGUCCGCGACAUGCUGCUUUGGUACGCCGCCUUCCGUCUCUACCCCUUUCCGGAUGUCGAGUAUGUGUCGCUCAUGGGCCGCGGCCGCACGAACUACUUCUUCCUCAUCGAGUUCAUGCCCAACUCGAAGCGCGGGAGGCUGCCGCAGAAGGUUGUGCUCAAGUUCAGCCUGCCCGUGUGCCCGCACGACAAGCUCGAGAGCGAGGUCGCGACCAUGGCGUGGGUGGCGACGGUGUCCCCCAAGCUGAUCCCUCGAGUACUGUUGUUCGACUCGUACCCGCGGAACCCGCUGGGCCUCGAAUGGAUGAUGAUGGAGCCCGUCUUCGGGUUCUCCUUCCAGGAGUACACGCUCCAGGGGUCAACAGACACGGGGCUCGAGGGCUUCGGAUUCCCUAAAGACACGCCGCCGCAGAGCGAUAGGGACCACCUGAGCAUUGGCAGGGGGCUCCGUGACUUCAUGGCAAAAGUCAAGAUCACCGCUUCAGGCGUCCCCAAGGACGACGCCCGGAUCGGCAGCCUACGCAUCGACUGGGAAACGAAAAGGUUUUACACCGGCCCCAUCGUGUCUCCUCACUUUUAUAGCGCUGACAGACUGUGGCGUAAGCCCUUUCACGGACCGUACCCGUCAAUCAGAAGCUACCUCGACAACUACAUUUCCGUCUGGAGGGAGGAAAUCCAUGACAACAAGGUAAUGCAGAGUCGUCUUGCCAGUCUUGAUAUCGUACUCGGAAGGAUGGUACAACGUCUCGAGGCGUUGCCCAAGGUCAAGUGGCGUCUGCCUCUCGAAGGCGGCCGGAUGAACGGCUGGCCCGUGACGAUAUCUCACCCAGACCCGCGCCCUGACAACAUCCUCGUUGGCGAGGACGGCGAGUUGGUCGCCAUCAUGGGAUGGGAGGACGCGACGCUCAUGCCGAUACCGCUGCGAACUGACCUCAGCAAGCUAGACCAAUUCUUCCAGCAAUUUGGAUGCGAACUCAUCAUUGAUCCCAUGCAGAUCGAUCUGGGCUGUGCGCUGCCACCCAGAUCCGAACUUGUGGAUAGGGUUCGAGAUCGCCAAUGGCAAGGUAGAGACGCGUCCAUCAUCCUAGAGCCGGUAAUGGAAAGCAUGUCGGGUAUAGAAAUUGCGUUCAAGGCCUUGAUGGAAGUAUGCGAGAGAUUGCCCUUGGAGAGAGCCGCGGAACGCGAAUGGCUUGACAAGGCCGUUUUAGCUAUGAUGGACAGGCAUGGGGAGAGCCUCAAGAAGAAGAUAGUCUGA